AUGACAUCGCCGGCACCAUUCGUGCUUUCCCUCUUCGUCGUUUGCUCCAUCUUUGGAUUGACAUCAGAACGAGUAACUGGUCAUGACGACAAUUUAAAAAUACAAGAUAAAAGCGUUUUUGAUUUAAGCCAGUCACUCAAUAACGAAGCAAUUGACAAACCAAAUUUAACAAUGGAAACUAUAAGGACCAAAUUAAAUAAUCAUAGUGUAGUAUAUAGAAAUUACAUAAGCUACGAUGAAACUGCUACAGAACUGAAAAAUAAUUUUACAAAUAAUGUUAAUAGAUAUGAUGAAAUUUACACUGCCGAUGAAGACCUUUUACAAAGUAAUUUUCAUAUACGUAAAUCAUUACAAAGUAUAUUAGAUAAUUCAAAAAGAAUUUCCCAAAGAGAUGAACGUCUGAGCAUUUUUCGUGAAAUUCUGAGACCAAGAAGAAGAUUCAAAAGAGAAGAGGAUUCAGAACGAUGUGAAACUUUCUAUUAUCAUAAGGGAAAAACUCAAAUUAGUCACCCGUACUCUAAAAACGACACAAACAAAUUGUACUAUGGUGAUAUAGACUGCACUACAAUUAUUGAAGGUCCAGAAGGAAGUAUAAUCAAACUAACAUUUGUUGACAUUUUUCAUAUAGAGGAUCAUCCUGAGUGUAUUUAUGACUUUUUAGAGAUACGCGACGGUGAAAAGGGAUAUGCAAAUAAAUUGGGAAAGUUUUGCGGGCAAAAUUUUCCUCCUCAAAUUACUACGACAGGGCCAUUUGCAUGGCUAAAGUUUCAUUCUGAUGCAACAAUAGAAUACGAAGGAUUUCACAUCAAUGUGGAUAUUAUACAGUCUCCUAGUAACAGCCACAAAAUACCAGCUAGUUGCUAUAUAAAACUAAGCGGUAUUCAAGGUAUAAUCGAUUCCAAAGAAAUUAACGAUGAUUGUAAAAGAGGAAGCGAGGGCCAUACCCUAGAUGUUUUAUGGAGGAUAGAAACCGCUGCAAACACGAUGAUCUAUCUCAACUUUACACAUUAUGUUCUUCAAAAACCAAAUGAAUGUGAACAUAAUUCAGUUCAGGUGUUUGGACUCAAGACGGAGGAGAAAAACAGAUGGGCGUAUUAUUGCGGUUCAAUAGCCAACCCCGUCAAUGCGAAGGACUUUGAAGGGAAAGUAAAAAAUGACAAGGGAAAUAUAAUGCACGUUCGUCUGUAUGCUACAAGCUUAGGAAAGGAAUCUGAGUUCAGUGCAAGAUUCACUGCGUUUAGAAACUUGGACCCUAAUAAGGACGAAAAAUGCAGCCAAUCAGAAUUCAACUGUGGGGACAAUACAUGCAUAAGUGGAAAACUGGUGUGUGAUGAUUAUGCACACUGCAGAUUAAAAGCUGACGAAGAAAAUUGCGAGGACACAGCUGAAUCAGUUGUCGGUAAAUUGCACAUUAUUGUAAUCUUAGUGAUAUUUUCUUUAAUACUCUCUGGCAUGAGCUUCGUGUUUAUUUUCAAGUGCGUAAGAAAACUUUAUCAGGACCACAAGAUCAUAAAGGAGCAUAUCCGACAGUCUUGCGAAGACCGCUUGGACGAUCUUGUAAGUAGCCGGCUGACACUCGACGCUAAAAUGCUUCAAAGAGAUAGUGAACCUCGCGCCAGUCUAGAAAGAGAAAAUCACACAAAUGAAAUGUACAAAAAACAGCGGAAGUACUCCCAACGCAAACAAAGUAGCAUUGAUUCUGAUUUUAUACAAGAAACUCAUCUCGAUUUGGACGAUGAAACGUGGCGCAAAGAUAGCGUGCCAGCCAAAACCGAGGAAGUCCGUAUUGAGCGCAACGGAAAAUCAAGAAGAAGUGAUAUAAGUAAAAAAGAAGAAUCUAUUAAAAGUAAGAAAAAGGAAAGUGAAGAAAGAAAAGAAAUCAGAGACGUGUCAGUAGGAGCACCUGAUACAAAAGAGUCUGGAUGUCAAACGAGAGAGAGCUUAUUCCAGGAAGCUCCACCUAGUACAGAUGGUUCUGGUACAACAAAUAGUAGAGGUUUCUCAACCUUCGGUUACUCCGGUGCAACGAUAGUGCGACCGUCUUCACCUCCUCCGCAAACCAAAACAUCUGAAAUUACAAUAGAAUUAUUAAAAGAAAUGCCUCCAAAGCAAGACUCUAAGACACUGAAGAAAAUAUCCGACCGACGUCCGCUUAGUGCUGAAACUACACGAUCAGCGCCAGACGUAAUAAUUGUUUCUAAGCCGAUUCGCUGA